UCGGCUCCUGCGCUCGCGGCGGCGUCUCCACACCCGGCCUCGCUCCUGCUGGUCCGCGCCCCGCCUCCCCUCCCUUCCCCUCGGCCCUCCAGUUCCGUCCCUGCCUCGCCGCCGUCCCUCAUCUCGCGAGACUUGUCCCAGAAUAUUGCGGACCGGGUCGGCGCCAUUUUGGGACGGAGACUGGUUGUGGGGGAGGGAAAAGCGGCAAAAGGGGAUUAUUCAAAGUACCGAGAGCCUCGUCCCGGACCCAGCGCCCGCACCCCAGCCCGGGCACCUGCGGGGGCCGAAGGUGAUCGCCGUCGCUCAGGUGUGAAGAUCCUCUCCUAGGCUGCGGGCCGGGACUUCCAGUGGCCAUUUUGGAAUUACAGUGCUUUCGGUCAUUCCGCCCCAGAAGUUGGCUGAAUGGGCGAGGAUCGUCUCUGAAGCGAACGGCUCCGCGCGCUGCCGAGACGGGCGCCCGGCGGUCCUGACGGCGCGGCUCCCGCGGAUUACAUAACCGGUUCCGGGCUUCGGCUGCCGGCGUGUUUUCCGGUGUGUGUGUUUGUGUGUUUUGUGGCCUUCCCCACCCCGUGGUGGUGUCAGCCGAAACUGUAAGCGAUGCCUGGUUCGUGCCUCGGGUAGUUUCGGAAGUUUCCGAUUCCUGUUGAAAUCGUGCCGAAGGUCCCUGCAGCUUAUCCUCCUCAAAACUUGUGGGAAUUUCUGACCUCAGCCCCGCGCGUGUCACAAUGGGGCGGCUUCUCUAAAUGAAGACACUGAAGGAGACCCGCUUUUUUCCUUUUCUCUUUUAUUUACGUGGAAACCUAAGAUGGUGCCGCUUCCCAGCAGCGUGGUCGUGCUGAGAUAGCCGUGUCUCCGAGUGCUGCUCAGGAAUGCGCUUCAGAUGUGAAGCUUUCUUUUUGUUUUUGCUUUUUGGGUCAUAAAUUGGAUAUUUCAUCUCGAGUGGAUAAGUACAACACUGACAAGUACAUGGAAUAAUAAAGAAGACUUGAUCACCUUAAACCCCAGGAACUUGGCUAAUCUGGAGGUAGCCAUAUGAAAACUUUAAACCUGAAGUAUGGGUAGCUGACUUGAAGUAACUCUAUGUCAAAUAGUCAUAGGUUAAGUAUCUUUAAAGAACUUGGAUUUUAUUUCAGGGGAUACAAAAUAAAAAAACAAACUGGAAAACACAAAGAUCACAGAGAAAAGCCCAACACCUUCUUGUGCGGUCCUGUUGGAAUUUGUAAGUACUGUCUAUAUAUGGGACUUGCCAUGAGGUGUUGAAGCCUUGUUUCAUUGAGUCGGAGAGACUGGACCUAAAUGGCGCAGCAUGACUUUGCUCCAGCCUGGCUUAAUUUUCCCACUCCACCAUCAUCAACAAAGUCCUCACUGAAUUUUGAGAAGCAUUCUGAACACUUUUCAUGGACAGAAAAUCGUUAUGAUGUGAGUCGUCGGCGACACAACUCUUCAGACGGCUUUGAUUCUGGUAUUGGACGUCCCAGUGGAGGUAACUUUGGAAGGAAAGAAAAAAAUGGAUGGCGUGCGCAUGGGAGAAAUGGCACUGAAAACAUAAAUCAUCGUGGGGGAUACCAUGGCGGGAGUGCCCGUUCUCGGAGCAGCAUUUUCCAUUCUGGAAAAGGCCAAGGACUGCACGACAACAACACCCCUGACAGUGAGCCAGGGAGGAAGGAAGACAGGAGAGAACGCAAACAGUUUGAGGCUGAGGAUUUUCCGUCUUUAAAUCCUGAAUAUGAGAGAGAACCAAAUCAAAAUAAGUCUUUAGCUGCAGGUGUAUGGGGCCUACACGCCCAGACACACACAUACCCAACCAAAACAAUCUCCCAAGCUCCUCUCUUAGAGUACCCUCCGAACCCCACAUCUAGAGCUCCCAGGAUGCUGGUCAUUAAGAAAGGCACUGCCAAGGACUUGCAGCUGUCCGGGUUCCCCGCCGGAGGGGCCCCCCCGUCGCAGCCAGUGAAGAACGGGACUGGCCCCAGUGUUUAUAAAGGCCUGGUCCCCAAGCCUGCUGCUCCGCCCACAAAACCUACACAAUGGAAAAGCCAAACUAAAGAAAAUAAAGUUGGGACUUCUUUCUCUCAUGAGUCUACAUAUGGUGUUGGCAACUUCAAUGCUUUUAAAUCAACAGCCAAGAAUUUUAGUCCAUCAACAACGACAGUGAAAGAGUGUAAUCGCUCAAAUUCCUCUUCACCCGUUGACAAACUGAAUCAGCAGCCUCGUCUAACCAAGCUGACACGAAUGCGCACUGAUAAGAAGAGCGAGUUUCUGAAAGCGUUGAAACGGGACAGAGUGGAGGAGGAGCAUGAGGAUGAAAGCCAUGCUGGCUCUGAGAAGGAUGAAGACUCAUUUAAUUUGCAUAACAGCAAUAGUACUCACCAAGACAGAGAUAUAAACCGGAACUUUGAUGAAAAUGAAAUUCCACAGGAGAAUGGCAAUGCCUCGGUCAUUUCCCCGCAGAUCAUCCGGUCCUCAACCUUCCCACAGACUGAUGUUCUUUCAAGUUCCCUUGAGGCAGAACACAGAGGCCCGAUGCAUGAAAUUUGUGCAAGAGUGGGCCUUCCUUCCCCAGCUGCCCUCGCAGCCCCCGCCUCAUCUGAAGGACGUCAGGUCCUAUUACGAUUGUUGAAGGAGAUGGGCUGGCAAGAAGACAGUGAAAACGAUGAAACGUGUGCUCCCUUAACUGAGGAUGAAAUGAGAGAAUUCCAAGUUAUUAGUGAACAGUUGCAGAAGAAUGGUCUGAGGAAAAAUGGGAUUUUGAAAAAUGGCCUGAUCUGUGACUUCAAGUUUGGCCCCUGGAAAAGCAGCACUUUCCACCCCACGGUUGAGAACGACGACUCGGAGACGAGCAGCAGCGACACGUCCGAUGACGACGACGUGUGAGGCCCCAGCGCCCCCGAGGCUUCGUGUGGCCGUCCCCGUGCGGCGGGGGGAGUGCCAAGUGAAGAACUAUAAUUGAUGUAGUAAACGCCCCGUUAGAGAGUUUUUGGGGGACUUCGGUAUGAAGAAAACCAAGAAUGCUGUGUUGGGCUGUGUUGAACAUUCUUUCUUGUACAUGGAUGUUGUAGAAAUGAGGCCUGUGGUGGACCAGCGUGGACUCUGCAUCACCACGGCAUUUCUCUGACUAGCAAUGUGACGAUGUAACAGAUGAGAUGUUCUCAUUUAAUAAUAAAAAUUGUGUAAUGUUUUGCAAA